CAUGGAUCUGAUGUUUGUCUCCAUGAUUUCAGUCUGGUUGUCAUUCAGAUAGUUCUCCGAACUUCCUGAGAAGAAUGAAGCAGGAGGAGCUGGCUGAUCAUCUGGAGAGAAAACAUUUUUCUCCAGUUUGCCAACGUGAACUUAAAUCUAGUCUGAAGGAGAAGUUCCAGUGUGUGUUUGAGGGGAUUGCUAAAGCAGGAAACUCAACUCUUCUGAAUGAGAUCUAUACAGAGCUCUACAUCACAGAGGGAGAUACUACAGAGGUCAAUGAUGAACAUGAGGUCAGACAGAUUGAAACAGCAUCCAGGAAACUAGACAGACCAGAAACAACCAUCAGACCAGGAGACAUCUUUAAAGCCUCACCUGGAAGACAUGGACCAAUCAGAAGAGUGAUGACAAAGGGAGUGGCUGGCAUUGGGAAAACAGUCUUAACACAGAAGUUCACUCUGGACUGGGCUGAAGACAAAGCCAACCAGGACAUCCACUUCAUGUUUCCAUUGACUUUCAGAGAGCUGAAUGUGUUGAAAGAGAGAAAGUUCAGCUUGGUGGAACUUGUUCAUCACUUCUUCACUGAAACCAAAGAAGCAGGAAUCUGCAGCUUUGAAGAGUUCCAGGUUGUGUUUAUCUUUGACGGUCUGGAUGAGUGUCGACUUCCUCUGGACUUCCACAACACUGAGAUCCUGACUGAUGUUACAGAAUCCACCUCAGUGGAUGUGCUGCUGACAAACCUCAUCAGGGGGACACUGCUUCCCUCUGCUCACCUCUGGAUAACCACACGACCUGCAGCAGCCAAUCAGAUCCCUCCCGAGUGUGUUGACAUGGUGACAGAGGUCAGAGGGUUCAAUGACCCCCAGAAGGAGGAGUACUUCAGGAAGAGGUUCAGAGAUGAGGAGCAGGCCAGCAGCAUCAUCUCCCACAUCAAGAUAUCACGAAGCCUCCACAUCAUGUGUCACAUCCCAGUCUUCUGCUGGAUCUCUGCUACAGUUCUGGAGGAUGUGUUGAAAACCAGAGAGAAAGGAGAGCUGCCCAAGACCCUGACUGAGAUGUACAUCCACUUCCUGGUGGUUCAGACCAAAGUGAAGAAGGUCAAGUAUGAUGGUGGAUCUGAGACAGAUCCACUCUGGAGUCCAGAGACCAGGGAGAUGAUUGAGUCUCUGGGAAAACUGGCUUUUGAUCAGCUGCUGAAAGGAAACCUGAUCUUCUAUGAAUCAGACCUGACAGAGUGUGGCAUCGAUAUCAGAGCAGCCUCAGUGUACUCAGGAGUGUUGACACAGAUCUUUAUAGAGGAGAGAGGACUGUACCAGGACAAGGUGUUCUGCUUCGUCCAUCUGAGUGUUCAGGAGUUUCUGGCUGCAGUCUACAUGAUCCACUGUUACACCAACAGGAAGACAGAGGUGCUGGAGGACUUCCUGGGACAAAACUACAAUGACUCAACUCUGGAUGUCUUCCUGAACAGAGUCAUGGAGAAAUCCCUGCAGAGUAAAAAUGGUCACCUGGACCUGAUGGUUCGCUUCCUUCAUGGCGUCUGUCUGCAGUCCAACCAGAGACUGUUAAGAGGUCUACUGGGUCAGACAGAGAUCAGUCCAGAAAUCAUCCAGACAGCCAUCAACAACCUGAAGAAGAUGAACAUGUCCAACAUUUCUCUUGACAGAAACAUCAACGUCUUCCACUGUCUGAUGGAGAUGAACGACCUCUCAGUUCAUCAGGAGAUCCAAGAGUUCCUGAAGUCAGAGAACAGAUCAGAGAAGAAACUCUCUGAGAUCCACUGCUCAGCUCUGGCCUACAUGCUGCAGAUGUCAGAGGAGGUUCUGGAUGAGUUGAACCUGAAGAAGUUCAACACAUCAUGGGAGGGACAAUGGAGACUGAUUCCAGCUGUGAGGAACUGCAGAAAGGCUCAAUUUUCUGACUGUGAACUCUCAGAGAGUCACUGUGAAGUUGUGGCCUCAGCUCUGAAGUCCAACCCCUCCCAUCUGACAGAGUUGGACCUGAGUUACAACAACCUGCAGGAUUCAGGAGAUUCAGAUGUGAAGCAGCUUCUUGAUCUUGUGAAGAGUCCAGACUGUAGACUGGAGACUCUGAGAUUGAAGAACUGCAGUUUGUCAGAGAUCAGCUGUGAUUCUCUGGUCUCAGCUCUGAAGUCCAACCCCUCCCAUCUGAAACAUCUGGACCUGAGUGAAAACAACCUGAAGGAUUCAGGAGUGAAACAUCUGUGUGGUUUUCUGGAGAGUCCAGACUGUAGACUGGAGACUCUGAGGUUGAGUUGCUGCAGUUUGUCAGAGAUCAGCUGUGAUUAUCUGGUCUCAGCUUUGAAGUCCAACCCCUCCCAUCUGAAACAUCUGGACCUGAGUGAAAACAACCUGAAGGAUUCAGAUGUGAAGCAGCUUCUUGAUCUUGUGAAGAGUCCAGACUGUAGACUGGAGACUCUGAGCUGGGAGCCAUUGUUCUAAACAGGACGGUAUGUGAGCUGAGAGAGGAUGAGCUGAGUCCUGAUGAUCCAGAGGUUGAAUCAGCAGCAGCUUGUGUGUAGAGAGACUCUGACUGGACCAUGUUACUGGGAGGUGGAGUCAAGAGGAGAGCUUCAUCCACAUGUUUCUCAUUUAACAUCAUCAACAGAGCUGCAAUCAAUCUAUUCUAACAGAACCAACAAAUAAAGUCCAGCUCCUCUUGAAUUUUCACCUCUAGAUGGAGCCAAAUCUCCACUAAAGACCUUCAUGGAGUCAGGGCUGAAAAUAUAUUAUUAUUAUUGUUUUUAAAUAACAGUAUACGUGUGUUUUAACAUUUAGCACUUCAGCUAAAACAGUUCUUCUACAUGGGAAGCGUUUUUCUUUGUGUAUUUCUUUUACUUUGUGUCAGGAAACAUUGAAAAUACCACAUAAAAUAUAAAGUAUUUAUUGUGGGUUUUUUUUUUUCACACAUUUAGAGGUAAAUAGAAUAAGACAAGAGUACGUAAAAGUGUUGUCUGUGAUUGGAUUCUUUGUGUAUUUGAAACACUGAAAAUACAAUAGAAAAUGUAAAGUAAAACUGGGAAAUGUUCCUAUGAUAUUACUGUAACUGUACUUUCCUGUCGGAUUAUUUCAUCCUGGAUUUAUCUGUUUAUUCAUUUUUUGUGCGUAAUGAUAUAAAAACAUGUUCCUUAUGAAAUGAUCUGGAUUUAAACAGUAAUUAUAGAUGCCAGAGUACAUGUAGUACAGUGGACGUAUAAUGUGCAGAAAGUUGAUGGAGAAGGACAUUGAAGGAUGAGUUAAAUAUUUUUGUGCAUUUUGUAUGUGGUUUAAUGCAAGGAAAAUAAGUAAAUAAACACUUCACAGGUA